GACCAGGGGCGUGCUGCGGCCGCCCGGGCGGACCCGGCGAGAGGCGGCGGCGGGAGCGGCGGUGAUGGACGGGUCCGGGGAGCAACCCAGAGGCGGGGGGCCCACCAGCUCUGAGCAGAUCAUGAAGACAGGGGCCCUUUUGCUUCAGGGUUUCAUCCAGGACCGAGCAGGGCGAAUGGGGGGAGAGACACCGGAGCUGGGCUUGGAGCAGGCGCCCCAGGACGCAUCCACCAAGAAACUGAGCGAGUGUCUCAAGCGCAUUGGAGAUGAAUUGGACAGUAACAUGGAGCUGCAGAGGAUGAUUGCAGCCGUGGACACAGACUCUCCCCGAGAGGUCUUUUUCCGAGUGGCAGCUGAAAUGUUUUCUGACGGCAACUUCAACUGGGGCCGGGUUGUCGCCCUUUUCUACUUUGCCAGCAAACUGGUGCUCAAGGCCCUGUGCACCAAGGUGCCCGAGUUGAUCAGGACCAUCAUGGGCUGGACAUUGGACUUCCUUCGAGAGCGGCUGCUGGGCUGGAUCCAGGACCAGGGUGGUUGGGACGGCCUUCUCUCCUACUUUGGGACACCCACGUGGCAGACAGUGACCAUCUUUGUGGCUGGAGUGCUCACUGCCUCACUCACCAUCUGGAAGAAGAUGGGCUGAAGCCAUCAACUGCCUUGGACUUUUUCUGCAUAAAUUAUGGCAUUUUUCAAGGGGGGGGGGUGGUGGAUUUGGGGGCCAUGGGAGUUUUUCUUACUUUUGUAAUUAUUGGGGUGGGGCAGGGUAGGGAGGAGUGGUCUUGCGAGGGUGGGUGCAAUAAACCUCUUUCGGACCACA